GACACGUUGAGCUGAGAUCAGGUUGUUUCUGAACCUGGAAACCGACGAGACGCACCUGAGAGAGAAACGCGUCCGAGAGAACAGAGAAGAACAGAACAGAACAGAACAGGAGAGAAAAGAACAGAAGAAGGAGGGAGAGUGCUCGGGUUCCGCUGAGACAUUAAUGAAACAGCGUAUGAAUUAUUAACUUGACCAACUCAGAGGAGCGGGCAUGACACACUGAGCGGCUCGAACUCGGGCCCACCGGUUCUUAUUGUGUGUCUGUGUAUGUGAGCGGCUUUGAUCCGCUGUGAUCUGCUGUGAUCAUGCCGGGAGCGGAGAGCAGGCUGGAGAGCCGGAUCCACAAGCUCGAGUCCCUCAUGAGGAGCCCGCAGGCGGCUCUGAACCUGGAGACCCUGCUGGAUUCUGUGAAGGCCCUGUCCAAUGAUCUGAAUUAUCCUGCUCUGAGGAAAAACAAAAAUAUCGACGCGUUUCUUAAUCGAUAUGAAAAGGCCGUGAGUCAGCUGCAGGAGGUGCAGGUGAAGCUCGACGACUUCAAAAAAGUGAAGUUGAUCGGGAGAGGAGCGUUCGGGGAAGUGCAGCUGGUCCGACACAAGGCCUCGCAGAAGGUCUACGCCAUGAAGCAGCUCAACAAAUUUGAGAUGAUCAAGCGGUCGGACUCUGCGUUCUUCUGGGAGGAGAGGCACAUCAUGGCCUUUUCCAACAGCCCCUGGGUGGUUCAGCUGUGCUGCGCUUUCCAGGACGACCGUCACCUCUACAUGGUGAUGGAGUUCAUGCCUGGAGGCGACUUGGUGACGCUCACCAUGAACUAUGACAUGCCAGAGAAGUGGGCUCGCUUCUACACGGCCGAAGUGGUGCUGGCGCUGGACACCAUCCACUCCAUGGGCUUCAUCCACCGGGACGUCAAGCCCGACAACAUGCUGCUGGACCAGCACGGACACCUCAAGCUGGCCGACUUCGGCACAUGCAUGAAGAUGGACUCGACGGGCAUGGUGCACUGCGACACAGCUGUGGGCACGCCGGACUACAUCUCCCCCGAGGUGCUCCAGUCCCAGGGGGGCGACGGUUACUACGGCCGGGAGUGUGACUGGUGGUCUGUCGGAGUAUUUAUAUACGAGCUGUUUGUUGGUGAAACUCCCUUCUAUGCCGAGUCGUUGGUGGGAACUUAUGGGAAGAUCAUGAACCACAAGAACACGCUGGUCUUCCCGGUUGAUGUGGAGAUGUCUCAGGAUGCCAGGGACCUGAUCUGUGCCUUCCUCACUGACAGGACGGUUCGUCUCGGCCGCACCGGAGUGGAUGACAUCCAACGCCACCCCUUCUUCAAGAACGACCAGUGGACCUUCGACAACAUCCGAGAGACUGUGGCUCCAGUUGUGCCGGAGCUGAGCAGUGACAUCGACACCACCAACUUCGACGACAUCGAGGAGGAUAAAGGAGAUGCUGAGACCUUUCCUCCUCCCAAAGCCUUCGUGGGCAACCAGCUUCCGUUCAUCGGCUUCACGUACUUCAAGGAGGACCAGCUGCUAAGGGGAAGCAACAGCCACUCGGCGGAGGACAUCCAGGACUGCAAGGAAAACUCUGAGGAUAAGGAGAAUUGCUCGGACAGUAAGAAAGAGCUUCAGAAAAAGCUUCAUCAGCUGGAGGAGCAGCUCGACAAUGAGAUGCAGGCCAAAGAUGAGCUGGACCACAAGUGCAAAAAUGCUACCAACCGUUUAGACAAGCUGGUCAAAGACUUAGAUAAAGAGAUGAACAGCCGGCAGGCAGUCGAGGCCUCGCUGAGGCAGCUGGAGAGAGAGCGAGCCCUGCUGCAGCACCAGAGCGCCGACAACCUGCGCAAGGUGGAGAUUGAGACGGACAGAAAACGCGGCCUGGAGAAUGAAUUGAACAACCUGAGGGACCAGCUAGAAGAUCUCAGGAAGAGGAACCAGAACUCCCAGAUAUCCAGUGAGAAGAACAUCCAGCUGCAGAAACAGCUGGAGGAGGCCCAGGCUGUGCUUCAGACCGAGCAGGAGGCGGCGGCGCGGCUGAAGAGGAGUCAGGCUGAAGUGCAGAAACAGGCCCAGAGCCUGGAGGUUAGCCUCGGGGAGAUGCAGGAGAAGUGCAGCCAGCUGGAAAACAGCAAGAUGGAGCUGGAGAAGCAGCUGAUGGGGCUGCAGGCCGAGCUGGAGAAAGAGAAAAGAGACCACAACCUCAGGACUGAAACCAUCACUGACCUACAGGGACGGAUCUCUGGGCUGGAAGAAGAGGUGAAGGAGUUGAAGUCAUCCCUCUCCGUGGUCCAGUCCGAGAAGAAGCAGCUCCACGAGAAGCUCAACGAUCUCGAGAGGGAAAAGAGCAACCAAGAGAUCGACCUGACGUUCAAGCUGAAGCAGCUGCAGCAGACUCUGGAGCAGGAGGAGGCCGAACACAAGGCCACCAAGGCCAAACUCGCCGAUAAGAGCACCAUCUAUCAGUCCAUCGAGGAGGCGAAGUCUGAGGCCAUGAAAGAGGUGGAGAGCACGCUGGUCGAGGAGCGAAGUCUGAAGCUGCAGGUGGAGAGCAAACUGAUGCAGCUGGAGAAGGACCACUCCAUGUUGGACUGUGACUACAAGCAGGCGCAGCACAAUCUGCAAGAGCUGAAGGCCCAGAAGGAGAAACUCUCUGAGGAGGUGAAGAGCUUGAGCUCACGUCUGGAGCAGGAGAUCCACAAGCGCAGUCUGAGCGAGAAAGAAGUGAAGAUGCAGAACCAGCAGGUGUCGGUGCUCCGCUCCUCAGAGAAGCAGCUCAAACAGGAGGUCAACCACCUGCUGGACGUCAAGCAGAUCCUGGAGAAACAGAACCAGGACCACCGCAGGGAGAAGCAGGAGGCCGACAACCAGCGGAAGGAUCUGAAGGACCAGUUGGAGGCAGAGCAAUAUUUCACAACCCUUUACAAGACGCAGAUCCGAGAGCUGAAGGACGAGUGUAACGAGAGAAAUAAGAUGGUUAAACAGGCUCAGCAGCGGCUGGCAGAAUAUCAGGAGGAGAGGGAUUCGAUGACGUCCCAGCUGGAGGCCAGUUUGACCAAGGCCGACUCGGAGCAGCUGGCUCGCUCCAUCGCUGAGGAGCAGUACUCCGACCUGGAGAAGGAGAAGAUCAUGAAGGAGCUCGAGAUAAAAGACAUGAUGGCGAGACACAAGCAGGAGCUCAGCGACAAGGAGGCCACCAUCAGCUCGCUGGAAGAGUCCAAUCGCACGCUGACGGUGGACGUAGCGAACCUGGCCAGUGAGAAAGAGGAGCUCAACAACCAGCUGAAGAGAAUGCAGCAGCAUCUGCAGCAAUCCAAGGAGGAGGAGAAGCAGAUGUCCUUGGUCAAAGUGUCCUUUGAAAAGCUGCUGCAGAAUGAAAGGACACUAAAAAUUCAGGCUAUCAAUAAGCUGGCGGAGGUCAUGAACAGAAGACAGACGAUGCGCGGAGGCGGCCGCAGCAUCGACACCGAGGUGCACAGGAAGGAGAAGGAGAACAGGAGGCUGCAGCUGGAGCUGAGGACGGAGAAGGAGAAGCUCAACAGCACCAUCAUCAGAUACCAGAGGGAGAUGACGGACAUGCAGGCGAUGAUCGCGGAGGAGAACCAGGUGCGUCUGGAGCUUCAGAUGGCGUUGGACAGUAAGGACAGCGACAUCGAGCAGCUGCGCUGUCAGAUCACCUCCCUCAGCGUUCACUCGCUCGACUCCACCAGCAUCAGCAGUGGUAACGACCUGGACGGGGGCGACGGGUAUCCAGUGCGCAUUACUCACUCUCAAACGUCUGAGUCCAUGUCCUUCACAUACCAGCGCACACACAAAUCUGUCUGCAUCGACACCCGGCCUAACCUCCGCUCGGCUCGUCCUCUCUUUGACUCCUCUGACUCGGAGGAUGAAGAGGAAUAUGAGCAGUUGGAGCCGGGCCGCCGGCCCCUGGCCCUCACCUACGACCAGGCCCCUGAGCCUCACUCCGCAGCUACAGACUCCAGGCUGGAGGGUUGGAUCUCACUUCCCACCAAGAACACAAAGCGGUUUGGCUGGGACAAGAAAUUUGUGGUGGUGAGCAGUAAAAAGAUCCUGUUCUACAACAGCGAGCAGGACCGAGAGCUGGCCAACCCGUUCAUGACCCUGGAAAUCGACAAACUGUUCCACGUCCGACCUGUCACUCAGACUGAUGUGUAUCGUGCAGAUGCCAAAGAAAUUCCAAGAAUAUUCCAGAUCCUGUAUGCCAACGAGGGGGAGAGCAAACGGGAGCAGGAGGUCGCGGUGGAGGCCGGUGACCGCCCGUCCUACAUCAGCCACAAGGGCCACGAGUUCAUCCUCACGCUCUAUCACUUCCCGUCCAGCUGCGAGGCGUGUGCUCGGCCGCUGUGGCACGUCUUCAAGCCCCCGCCCGCCCUGGAGUGCCGCCGCUGCCACACCAAGUGCCACAAAGACCACCUGGACAGGAAGGAGGAGGUCAUCGUGCCGUGCAAGGUGAACUAUGACAUGUCCACUGCCAAAGAGCUGCUCCUGCUGAGCAACUCGCAGGAUGAGCAGCAGCGCUGGGUCGGUCACCUCCUCAAACGCAUCCCGAGGAAACACCCGACCCUGAGCCCUCCCUCUGCCGUGCACAGCAGCCCUCCGGAAGCCACCUCGCGCUCCUCUCCGCGGAACUCACCGCGGCCGUCGCCCAGGGGCUCGCCUCACCUGGGGUCCCACCGCGGAGCCAUUAAGGUCCAGCCCAGCAGACAGCAGCAGUCGUCAGGGAAGACCAGAUUGCUUGAGUUUGGCCUGAGAGAUUGGAAUUGGUCGUUGGAUGAUGAUGAUGAUGAUGAUAUGUUCCUCUGAAGAAGAGGGGGGACAGAGGUUAACCCCGGCUGAUCAAAGAUUGACUGAAGACUGAGAAAUGAAUAAAAAAAUGCAAAUCGUGAGAGAGGAGACAUUCACAGCGACCGGCCGUCGUCAUGAGAACUGUGACCGUUUGUCAUUUUAACCAGAGGAAAAAACCAGCGUCAUCUAUUUGGUGCCGUGUUACAGUGAGACUUCACCAGAAGAAGAAGUGAAUAGAGAACAGCCUUGUUUUAUCAUAAUCAUGACCUAAAUAAAUAUUAUUCUGUCAGAUGCAGUGGCUGACGUGAAUUUGUAAUUGUCACAUGUCAGGCAUGUGUGUGUGUGUGUGUGUGUGUGUGUGUGAUCAUUUGUAAAUAGGAUGAAGAGUCUGUGUAGCUCAUAGUGUGUGAUUGUUUUAUUUGUAUGGAUAUAGCUGCAGCACGUUACACAACACAUGCUUGUGCUGUAGAUGUAUGACUACAGUUUUUGCAGAAUGGAAGAUUUUACAUCAUUGUGACUCUUCAAUUUCUUGGACACACAAUAAGACACUAAAUGGGUCCCAUUGAGACAUAAAGAUGAAAUAAUGUGAACUGAACAGAAACGAUGUGCCUUCUUAACACCCAUGACAAAUUCAAAUAAACUCUGUUACUCUGAAAA